AUGGGGGGGGAGCGGGAGGGGGCAGGAGAGGGAAGGGGCAUUGGUUUCUUGAGGUCCCGGGAGCGGCUGGAAGCGACCUGGUGCGCUGGGUGCUACCGAAGGCGGAGGGAGCGGCGGGGGCUCCCCCGGAGCCCGCCGGCUUUUGUGCCGGCGUGCGCGGCCGGCUCUCCGCCUUUUCCUCGGGAGCGGCUGCGGGGGGGAGCGGCGGGGGCUCCCCCGGAGCCCGCCGGCUUUUGUGCCGGCGUGCGCGGCCGGCUCUCCGCCUUUUCCUCGGGAGCGGCUGCGAGCCCCGUUUCUCAAUGCCUUUCUGCACGGAGCAGGGCGAAGUCUAAAAACGGAGGGAGAUCUCUGAGGGAGAAACUGGACAAAAUAGGAUUAAACCUGCCAGCCGGGAGGCGUAAAGCUGCUAACGUUACCUUGCUCACGUCGCUCGUGGAGGGAGAAGCAGUACAUCUAGCUAGAGAUUUUGGGUACGUUUGUGAGACAGAAUUUCCUGCCAAAGCAGUAGCUGAAUUUCUCAACCGACAACAUUCCGAUCCAAACGAGCAAGUCACAAGAAAAAACAUGCUUCUAGCUACAAAACAGAUCUGUAAAGAGUUCACCGACCUGCUGGCUCAGGACCGAUCUCCCCUGGGGAACUCACGGCCCAACCCCAUUUUGGAGCCGGGCAUCCAGAGCUGCCUGACCCACUUCAACCUCAUCUCGCACGGCUUCGGGAGCCCGGCGGUGUGCGCUGCCGUCACCGCCCUGCAGAACUAUCUCACCGAGGCGCUCAAGGCCAUGGACAAAAUGUACCUCAGCAACAAUCCCAACAGCCACACAGACAACAGCACCAAAAGCGGCGACAAAGAGGAGAAGCACCGAAAGUGAGGAUCUCCCCCUCCCGCACACACGCUCCUCUCCCUUCCCCCUCAUAGCCCAUCGAUCCAUUCGUCUCCCUCCUCCCUCUCCCCUGCACCCAGCACCCCAGGCUACAGCAACAGAAUGAGCGUCCUUCUGCCAAUCCUGUUCUCCGACUCCGCGGGACUGCUCUGCCCUCUCCC